AAACUGACGUCAAAGACAUUACAGUAUGGCUUAGAAGCUGUGCUGACGUGCUUUUAUUUUCUAAUGAGUGUGAAAAACGCUGCCCUGUUUGACAGCAAGGUAGCUAGCGGUACGCGCUAGGGCUACCUAAAUGAGCACGACUCGAGAGUGUGUGCACUCUGUCAGUUAGGUUCCAAUUUCGACCAGUCUAGAUUGAAGAGAAGACCUCCGCGCAGCCAUCACAACUUCAGCUUCAACGUCCAGCGGAACGGAGAAUGGACAGCUAUCAGGCUAGCUAGGUGGAUAUCCGUACUAGGACAACGACAUUUAGAGAGGAAAUGUGCUAGCUAGCUGGUUCGUGUGAGACGACGGUUUCCUGUUUUCCAGGUUGAAUCGACAGUAACUGUUAACAUCUGGAUUAAGAACAUACGUUAGGUGAGGUGGAGAGAUGCAGACUUUUUUGAAAGGCAGGAGAGUGGGCUACUGGCUCAGCGAGAAGAAGAUGAAGAAGCUGAAUUUUCAGGCCUUCGCUGAUUUGUGCAGGAAAAGAGGAAUAGAAGUGGUCCAGCUGGACCUGAGCCAGCCCCUGGAGGAGCAAGGUCCCCUAGACGUCAUCAUCCACAAGCUGACCGACCUGAUCCUGGAGGCUGACCAGAACGACACCCAGUCAGUCCUGCUGGUGCAGAGAGUGCAGGACUACAUUGAGGCCCACCCUGAGACCAUCGUGCUGGAUCCCCUCCCAGCCAUCAGGACCCUGCUGGACCGCUGCAAGUCCUACCAGCUCAUCCACAGGAUAGAGGACUGCAUGCAAGAUGAGAGAAUCUGCUCACCCCCGUUCAUGGUUCUGAACACAGAGUGUGGUCCAGAUACACUGGAGAAGAUUGAGAAGCAUGGACUCACUUUCCCAUUUAUUUGCAAAACACGAGUAGCCCAUGGAACCAACUCCCACGAGAUGGCCAUCAUCUUCAGUGAGGAGGACCUGAAGGAUGUGAAGCCUCCGUGUGUGAUCCAGAGCUUCAUCAACCACAACGCGGUGCUCUACAAGGUGUUUGUGGUGGGGGAGUCUUACACACUGGUGGAGAGACCCUCCCUCAAGAACUUCCCCGCUGGACCAGCAGACAGAAAAGCAAUUUUCUUCAACAGUCAUAAUGUAUCAAAGCCAGAGUCCUCUUCAGACCUGACCUCUAGGGACAACGUGGAGGGGGUGUCCCAGCCACCCAGUGAUGAUGUCAUCAGAGCGCUAUCCAGGUCCUUGCGACAGGCGCUGGGCGUGUCCUUGUUUGGCAUCGACGUCAUCAUCAACAACCUCACGGGCCAACACGCCGUCAUCGACAUCAAUGCAUUCCCUGGUUACGAGGGUGUCCCAGAGUUCUUCAACGACCUCCUGACCCACAUCACCAGUGUGCUUCAGGCUCACUCCCCCGACAGCCCCCCAGCCAGCGGGCAGCCCAAAAGCCUGGCAUCCAGCCAUAACCCCAGCGCUACGGUGCUUACAGCCCCGACCCCGGACUCCCCAGGCUGCUGCAGCAUGCUGGGGAAGGAGGCCAGCAGCAGCCCCUGGAUCGUGGAGGGGGAUGGGAACCUGAAGGGCCCCCGCCAGAGACUGGGCUGUAACUCAGCCAUGUCCCCCAACUUCCAGCAACACUGUGUGUCCACGAUAGCCACCAAGGCUUCCUCCCAAUGACUGCCAUCCUCUUCCCCCUUAGCCCCCACCCUGUUCUAACCGCGAACAAAAACAGAUGAUGAUAAUGGUGACGAUAAUGAAUAAUAGUCAUAAUAAUUAUGAUAUUAAGUAUAAUAUAUCUGUAAUCUAAAACCAACUUUUUCUAUGUAGAUCUUGAUGGUGAUUGGGUCUUUGAUCUUUUCUUUUCUGCCUUUUGGAUUUUUUUUAUUUGGUUUAAUAAGACUUACAGUAAUGUGAACUUUUGGGAACUCUGCUUGCUUAAUUGCUGAUUUAGUUUCUCUCGGUGAAAUCUCUAAUCAAGUGGUCCACAUGAGGUGGUUGGGGGACUAGCCAUGUCUGACCUUUGACUGCAGCAGUAAAGAAAAGGACAAUUAAACAUAUGCUCCAGGCACACAGGCACAUUCACACAUUUCCUGCAUUUAAACUCACUAGUGAUGUGUGUCUGAAUGCCACUCUGUCAUGUGUGGUUAGGGUAGAAGGGAUGUAUGGCUAGAGGAUUGUUUGUAUUCUAAUACUCCUCCACUGGUUUGGACCAGCUGCCUGAGCUAACUGACUUAAAGCAGAAGAGCCCACUGUCAUUUCCAAAGUUGCAAGAAAGUCAUUGGGAUCUUGGUGGACAUUAGAUUAGGGCUGGGCGAUAUCUAUCGUCUUUUAAGGUAUACCGGUAUGGAUCCUCAUACCAGUAUGGAUUUUUACAUAACCGUCUAACACGUCAAACUCAUUCUACGGAGGGUCGAGUGUCUGUGGGUUUUUGCUCCUCCCUUGUACUUGAUUGAUGAAUUAAGGUCACUAAUUAGUAGUGGGGUGGCAGGUAGCCUAGUGUUUAGAGCAUUGGGUCAGUAACCGAAAGGUUGCUGGAUUGAAUCCCCGAGCUGACAAGGCAAAAAUCUGUCAUUCUGCCCCUGAGCAGGGCUGUUAAUUCACUGUACCCCGGACGCCAAAGACGUGAAUGUCGAUUAAGGCACCCCCCCCCCCCCCCCCCUCUCUCUGAUUCAGAGGAGUUGGGUUAAAUGCAGAAGACACAUUUCAGUUGAAGGCAUUCAGUUGUACAACUGACUAGGUAUCCCCCUUUCCCCUAGUAAGGAACUCCCCUCACCUGGUUUUCUAGGUCUUAAUUGAAAGGAAAAACUAAAAACCGGCAGACAUUUGGCCCUCUGUGGAAUGAGUUUGACACCGAGGUUCUAUAACGAGCUGUUGAUACAGUGCUAUAUAAAUGAAAAGUUGGACUACUUCACUGUCAGUGUUGUCCUAGUUUGGUUGUGUAUAUAACAAUCAGCAUGGAGAAAUGUUUUUGUUUGUUGCCAUACUAGGGUCAUGCACUACUCAUAAAACAUAUUCAGAACUUUCAUUAUUCAGAAACUAAAAAUCAUGUCAAUUUCAUAGUCUUCACAACUACAGAAAACAUUUUAUUUAUAUCAAGAUAUGUGUAGCAUGAAAGUCUGAAAAUGCCUGAAUAAUCCUUUUGAUCACACCUGAUUUAUAAACAUUUGUCAGCAGUAAAAGGAAAAAAAAUAAAAAUCUCUGUUCAUGUGACCAAGUUAAAUAUGGAUGUUUAUAAAGGCCUUUGAGUGUUUAUGUCAGAUGUGGUUGAGGUUUAUACAGGUGUUUUAUGCAAGUACUAAGAAGUCCAUGUCCCUGCUUCUCAACUUGAUUUGCGCUCCUCCAGCUGAAAGAUGAGGAUCACAUUCCGUUUGUAUAUGUGGGUGUUUUCAAGAAGAAUUCCAGAAUUCCAAUGCUUUAGUGAAAAUAACCUGACUGUCACACAGUACUGUUUUAUGGACUUGAAAUGGCUGGACACAGGAAACUCUAACUCCAUUAUGACUCAAUGGAACGUCUGGGCCUCUUUUAAAAACGGUAUGUUCAAUUGGUAUUGAACACACUAAAUUGGCAAGUUUAUUAUUUUUGUGACCAUUAAAUUAAUUGUUUCUUGAUUACAAUGCUAAGCAUUUUUGUUUGUUUUUACUUACAGUGAAACACCCUGUAGUCCACCUGCUGCGCUCUCUUGUAUAGCUGGUAUCGACAGACGCCAAACUCCCUGUAUGAAUCCUAUUGUCCAGCUGCUGUCCUUUUUAAGGUGGCACAAAAUUAGGUUAAAAUAGAGAGAACAUCUAAUUUGCUCCUAAUGUUCAGAGAACCAUUUAGUUUUUACUUCUAUUUGACUGAAAUGUUAACAUUUUUGUCAUUUCCUAAGAACAAUUUAUUUAGCGAUUUUAUGGGGGGAAAUUAUUUUUUUAUUAAAUGGAGUGAGCGAGUUGAACAAACAAUGGAUGUUUGUCAGACGAGUAGUGAAAUAGUUGGUUGGCAAAUGAAACUAUCUUCAGAACUUCGAGACCGAGCAGCUUAGUUGCCACUGUCUUCACCCUUUAGUAAGCAUCCAGUUUAAGUGCAAGGAAAAGAGUACAGGGCUGCCAACUCAAUGUAAAAACAAUAGGGCAUUUACUUGAGCACAGGCUUAGUCCUUCAGCAUGUACGUAGAAUAAGUAGGCUAGCAAAUUGAAUCGACAGAGGUUACUUAGCCCCAACGGCCUAGUGACUGACUGACAAUCUAAACAGUUUAGCCAUUCCACCUGCAGCCCUCCGGGACUAGCGUUGAGUAGCAAUGCUCCUAAAGCCUUUCCUAGUGAAGGACACAGAUCCUCAACCCUGUAAACAUUGACCAAGGAGAGGAUGUCUUAACCAAGCCAUGCCCAGUUUGUUGUGAAAACACUGACAUUUCUGUACACAACUAUACUGUGUCUCGCAUUGUUUUUCAUUGUGCUUCUAAAUGGGAAAUAAAUAUUACCCCUACUUAAAACCUUUAUCAUUUUUUCACCCUGACAAUGUCAUUGUGCUUUCAGCUUCCACCUGAAUGUUCACUUGGAAAUGUUGUAUCAGUUCUUUAAAGAAACUAAUUCUAAACAAUGACUUUAUUAAAUGGCUAAACCAACAGGGGAAAAAUAAUCCCUUUUUUAAAAUAACCAGUAUCGUUGAGAAAUUGCCACUAUUCUAGUGCUUCAGCCCAGAUAAUGAGAAACAAAUGUCUGUUAUUAAAUUAAUUCCCACAAUGUU